AAUGUGGUGGACUGGUUGCUGUGUCAGGUGCUGAUCCGUGUACACGCGUGUGGCGUGAAUCCCGUGGAGACCUACAUGCGAUCUGGAACGUACGCCCGGAAGCCCAACCUGCCCUGGACACCAGGGAACGAUGUAGCCGGUGUCAUCGAGCAAGUGGGGCAGCACGUCACCACCUUCAAGAAAGGAGACCGCGUGUUCACGUGCGGGACCGUGAGCGGUGGAUACGCCGAGUACACCAUCGCUGCUGGGGACACCGUUUACCCGUUACCGAACAGUCUGAGCUACAAGCAAGGGUCGGCGAUCGGCACACCGUACUUCACCGCCUACCGAGCCCUCAUGCAAAA